GCUCCCAGAAAUCUGCCUCUUUUCCACGCUGCUCAAGUUGUUUUCUGACCUCAAGAGGUCUAACCACACGACUCAGUAACUAAGGAGGCGAUUAGACGUUUGUUUAAUAUCAUUUUAUUUGAAGUCGUUUCAUUUUCUUUUAUCUCAGUCAAAGUUUUAUCUUGAUAGGACCUUUCCUGUUUUAACUUGAAAGAUCGAAACAGGAAGUGCCCCGCUGGACGGACUCCGACACUUCCAUAGACUUUACUUUUUCUUUUUUCCAACGAUCUACAAACGGCUUCAAACCAGCCGUCCCCUGCAGAAGCGCGACGUUCAUCCCGCUGAGGAGUAUGAGACAAUCCACUCCGUUCCUGUAAACCAGCACGUUCUCCGCUGUUACAGAAGAAAGGCGAAGUUUCAUUCCGUCAAGGAGCACGAGGAAUUCGCUCCCUUUUCCGGUCCAGCGGCUGAGCUCCGGAGCUCCGCUCGUGAAAGAGACCACGUGAUUCACUGGCCCCCGACACAUUCGCGCCGACUCGCAGGCACAUCGCGAGGGUUGUACAAUCCUGUUCAGUGUGAGGGGUGCGACCCUGUGUCGUAUAAGCAGGUGACGGGGCGGGCCCUCCCGAGGGUAUAUAUAAGGAAGGCUUGAACUGUGAGCUGGAGCUGUGUCUGAAGGUCUUGACUCGCAGGAUGAACGCCCUCCGAUCUCUGUUUCUCUUGGCCGCCGGCCUCUCUGUGGCUUGGUGUGGUCCAAUGGCACCAAUCCCCGAACGGGCGCUCCCCCAGUUCAGGAACAUGAUCUUGUGCAAGAUGCCCAAAAGCCGGCCGAUUUGGCAACUAGCUGACUACGGCUGCUACUGUGGAAAGGGCGGCUCUGGCUCGCCUGUGGACGAUCUGGACAGGUGCUGCCAAGUGCACGACAACUGUUAUGGUGAAGCCGAGAAGCUCAAGCAAUGCAACCCUUACUUCAAGUUCUACGCCUACAGCUGUGACGAAGAAAGCAAGACGGUCACCUGUGACGAGAACAACAAUGCAUGUGAGAUGUUCAUCUGCGAGUGUGACAGGAAGGCCACUGAGUGUUUUGCCAGAUCGCCUUAUAACCCCAAGUACAGGCACUGGCCCCAAGAACGAUGUCAGUAGAAGAAUUCUGCAGUUAAUCGAACACAGGAUCCACUCCCACACACGACACACCCAUCACUGAGCUCUCAGGAGCGGCAGCAGCUUGUUUUGUCCGCUCAUUGAAAUACUCACACUGACUUUGUACUGUCACAUUCUCAAGGUCAUGGUUUUCUUUUCUCCUUCUUUCUCUGCGCUGCGUCUCUAUUGUUAGCUGUGGAUCUGUAUCCUGACAAGAAACAUCAGUAGAUCUGCAUCUCUCAUUAACUGAUGCUUGGUUAUUCACAGGUAUGAUCCUAACUCAAGUUUCCACUAGAGGGCGCUCUCAUGAAGCUCUUUCUUCCCUUGCUUGCAGAAAGUAGUUUACAGACUGUAGACUUUAAUAUUGGCAAUUCAUCAAAUCAUACAAAUGCUUGCAGUACUCAAUAAAAAAGAUUAAAAAAAUUA